AUGGCGAGGCGUAAAUCACAAGUUUAUUUCUUUGGGCAUCAAAUUCGAACGCGCGAUGCCGUCGAUGCAGGAAUCAGGAUAUUUCCCAAGUCCGAGGAUGAUUACCGCAGGAUUAUUCGUCUCUUCAGGGAGGAAGAGGUGCCCCAUCACACUUUCCCUCUACCCUCGGAGAGGAACAUUCAUGCUGUAAUCAGAGGAGUACAUGCGACACUUUCGGAAAUUGAGAUCAAGGAAGAGUUGCAACAGAGGGGAUAUUCCCCCCUGCACAUAAUUCGCCUGAAACGCGGUGGCGGCGUGCCCAUGCCUUUGGUGGUAGUCAUACUGCCCAAGAUAGAAAAAUCUCAGCAGCUGUUCAACGAACACGAGCUGCUAGGUUUGGCUAUCCGAGUCGAAGUUCAAAAGAACUCAAGACUCAUCGGGCAGUGUCACCGCUGCCAAAAAUAUGAGCAUGCGCAAUCUUACUGCACUGUACCACCUAAAUGUCUAAAAUGUGCUUAUGACCACAUGACCCACUUAUGCCCUCAAACAGAACAAGAGGAACGAAAGUGCGCGAGCUGUGGAGGGGGGCAUCCAGCGAAUAGCCGAACUUGCAGAUUUGCCCCUAAGAAAAAUCUGCAAGUGAUAGCGCAAAGGCGCAAUGUAAGUUACGCGGAUGCAGCUAGGGAUGCAACCCGGGCUGCCCCCUCUGUGGGAUCUUCUGCGAACACGCAAAAUAUGGACCUGGCAACCGCGCUAAGGUCCUUACAGCAGAUCAUAGGUCCUCUGAUUAGCGCAACACAGGCUUUGCAGGCGAUCUUUCCUGCAAAUGGCUAG